GGUGGGCUUAGGUUGAGACUUCAGCAGCAGAGGAAGCACCUGGGCUGCAGAAACCAGGGCCUGCCCUCAGGCCUGGCCCCUCCCUCCUUGUUUUCUUUAGUCAGUUUCACUUUUGUUUUCCUGUCCGGUGUCAGACAGAAAUGCAGGCAGGCACCUAGCCCAGCUGAAGGCCCGGGUGGCAGGGGAAGUGGUUAUGAUGGCUGAGGAGGAGCCAGGGGUGGCAGUGGAAGUCCAAGGGCUGCCCCUUGAUGUGCCAGACGAGCUGCUCACCCUUUACUUUGAGAACCGCCGACGCUCUGGUGGGGGGCCUGUGUUGAGCUGGCAGAGACUUGGCCGUGGGGGCAUCCUCACCUUCCAAGAACCCGAGGAUGCUCGGAGGGUAUUGGCCCAGGCAGAGCAUCGACUGCAAGGUGCCUGCCUGAGCCUGAGGCCAGCCCCGCCAUGUGCCCCUACACGCCUGCUCCUCCAAGGAUUGCCAGCUGGCACCACACCCCAGCGUCUGGAGCAGCAUGUUCAGGCCCUGUUGUGUGCCAUGGGACACCCAGUGUGGCCCUGCCAUGCCCUGGACAGCCCCAGGCUGGACAGGGCCCUGGUCCAGCUGCCCAUGCCCCUUCCUGAAGAAGAAUUCCGGAUCCUCGAGGAGCAGGCUCAGAAUCUGGGCCUGGAUGGGGCCUUUGUGUCCCUGGCCCGAGUGCCCCAGGCUCGAGCGGUGCGUGUGGUAGGAGGCAGCUCACCCGCGGACUUGCUGCUGCUGGAGCUAUACCUGGAGAAUGAGCGCCGCAGUGGCGGGGGGGCCCUGGAGGGCCUCCGCAGCCUGCCUGGGCAGCUGGGCACUGUCAUCUCCUUCCAGCAGUGGCAGGUGGCUGAACGGGUGUUGCAGCGGGACCACCGGCUGCAAGGCUCAGAGCUGAGCCUGGUCCCCCACUAUGAAGUCCUGGAGCCUGAGGAGCUUGCUGACACCACUGCUGGAGGGAACCACCCAUCCACGAUGGGUCCUGGAGCUGUGGACCAUGUUCUCUUGGAGGCUGGAGGGCUGGCAGCGGCCCCAGAGGGUGCAGGGACUAUGACCGUGGACUUUGGGGAGGCACCAGGGCAAUUGGGAGUCUCUCUGAGAAAAAGUCAGGAGGGAUCUUCAGGACAGGUCAUGCUAGUUGACUUGGGAACUGUGAGAUCUCUGGAGCAAGAGGGGCUACUAAACCAAGGGCCUGUGGGGCAGCUGGAGCAGGCGGGGGCCAUGGGCCUGGGAACUACAGGGUCUCCAGAGCAGGCUGGGCUCAUGAGCCCAGAGCCUAAGGAAUCUGCAGGACUGGUGGGCCCAAUGGAGAUCUUGAGGUUGCCCGGGCAGGACAGCCCAGGACCCUUGGAUCUGCUAGAGCAGGAGGGUCUGUUGGGAGUUGCCAUGAGCUCACCAGGGCAGGAGGGGCUGGUGGGUCCAGUGGAGGUCACCCUGGAUUCUCCAGAGAAGGCUGGGUUCGGGAGCCCAGGGCGUGUGGGGCUGCUGGGGCAGGAGGGCUCGGUAGAGAUGGUGUUGUCAAUGGAGCCAGGGGCGAUGCGCUUCCUGCAACUUUAUCAUGAGGACCUUCUUGCCAGCCUGGGAGAUGUUGCCCUCUUCCCACUUGAAGGAAUGGAUGUGACAGGCUUCCGGCUCUGUGGAGCCCAGGCCCCAUGCCAAGUGGCCCAGGAGUUGCUACAGAGUCUGCUGGGCAGCAUUAGCUGCCACAUGCUGAGCCUGAGGCACCCAGGCAGCGCCAGAUUCCUGCUGGGGACAGAGGGACAGCGCCUUCUUCAGGGCCUAGAGGCUCAGUUCCAGUGUGUCUUUGGGACAGAGCAUCUGGCCAGUGCCACCAUGGACACAAACCCUGAAGAGGCAGAGGUGGAUCCCACUGAGGCUCUUCACGUCUACCCUGCACACAGCCACCUGCUGUGGUCCCCGGAGAGUACAGGCACUGACGAGGAGAACGUGAGCCUGGCGCAAGUCCAAGAGAUGCUGGCCUCCUUGGAGAGCCUAGAUUCAGAGGACCAGCAGCUCCUGGAGCUGCAGGAGGAGAACCUUGAGGAGCAACCAGAGGAUGCAGCAAUUCCAGGGCAGGAGGAGAGAACGCCCAUACCUGGAACUGGGGAGGAGCCUGUGGGACCUAACACUGGUACACUUGAGCUUGAGCAGCUGCAGGAGGAGGCUGCACUGCAGCUGGCCCUCCACCGCUCACUGGAGUCUCAGGACCAGGUGGCCGAGCAGAAGGAAGCUGCCACACUAAGGCGAGCCCUGGCCCUCUCCCUUUUGGAGCAGCCCCUGUUGGAGGCAGAAGAGCCCCUGGUUGGCAGUUCUGGUAACAGGGCCCGACUGGUGGUACACGUGCCUUUUGAGCAGGACAUGGAGGAGUUGGACCAGGCGCUAGCGGCUGCCUUGGAGGAACACCUCCAGCAGGAGACAGUGAGGCUCCAGGGCCGUGUGCUGCCCGCAGAACUGUGUGCGCCCCUGGAGCGGUGCCAUGGUGUGAGUGUUGCCCUGCAUGGUGACAGUGUUCUUCUCCGUGGCUUUGGGGCCCAGCCUGCUCGUGCAGCCCGCCACUUAAAUGCACUUCUUGCUGGCCCAUGGGAUCAGAGUGUGGCCUUCCCCUUUGGCAUGUCAGUGCCAGAGCAGAGGCUGAAGGAGCCCUUGGGAAGACUGGAGGGCCUGGCAGACAAUACCAGGGAGUUCCAGGAAGUGGUGCAGGCCUUCUACAACACUCUGGAUGCUGCCCAUAGCAGAAUCUGCAUCAUCCAGGUGCAGCGUGUGUCUCACCCACUGUUGGAGCAGCAGUACCAGCUGCACCGGGAUCGUCUGAUGCAGCGCUGCACGCAGCACCCUGCAGAGCAGGUCCUGUACCACGGCACGUCGGCAUCUGCAGUGCCUGAGAUCUGUGCGCACGGCUUCAACCGAAGCUUUUGUGGCCGUAACGGCACGCUCUACGGGCGGGGCGUGUAUUUCGCCAAGCGCGCCUCCCUGUCGGUGCAGGACCGAUACUCGCCCCCCAGCAACGAUGGCCACAAGGCGAUAUUCGUGGCACGGGUGCUGACAGGCGACUACGGGCAAGGCUGCCGGGGUCUAAGGGCUCCCCCUCUGCGGGCCUCCGGCCAUGGCCACACCGUGCUGCGCUACGACAGUGCUGUGGACUGCCUCACCCAGCCCAGCAUCUUUGUCAUUUUCCACGACACCCAGGCGCUGCCCACCCACCUCAUCACCUGCAAGCGACUGCCCCACGCUUCCCCUCAGACCCCUCUUGGACUUUUGGGACCCUCUCCGGCCACCUGACUCGAAGCCCGCCAGAUCCUCAAAUUCCCGUUCUGCACAGCCCCCUCGACGUUAGCUAACAGGGGCCAAGCCGACCCAGAGCCGUGGGCCGGCGCCCUUCUGCGCCAGACCCACCAGCAGGGGUCAGCAGAGCACAGCGGGAAGGUGCGCCGCCUGGGCACGCCCGUCUUGGCCCGACCUCGCCCGAGCGGGUUCUGUCUUUGAAUAAAACCUGUGCAUACGCGGGCGGAAGAGCCCUGGAAA